AUGCUCAAAUUCCUGACUCACAAACUGCGAACGCAUUCUUUGAAUGAGGAGAACGUUUCCGAGAAGGUGGAGGGGCGAGACUCCGGCACCGAGUCGGACGACGAGGCCGAGUGCACCGACACCGGUGACUUCUGCGCUGACGUCAUUAUGAAGUGGAACGAUGUCACCGAUAUCAGUAUACACGGUGAGGCGGCGUCUAGGCCACGCGGGGCGCCGGAACCUGACCAGCUUUACGACCACCACUCCUCCGAAGAAGAGCUCGAGGUUAUCAACGGCGGGCCAAGUGGAGGAGGAGCAGUAGCGGGAGCGGGGUCGGUGCGUGCGGAGGGGCGGCGGCGCGGGGCCUCGUCGCCCGCCCUUGCUGCGCCCGAGAAACGACGCUGGGCGGCACAGCCCUACUUAGACGCAGAUGAACUGGCCGCACGGCCACCGUCCUCCGACGAUGACGACACAAAGGUUGAGACUCCAGUGCGUUUCCGCACGUCGCCCCCGCUCGAGGCGCUCAAGCCUCGGCGUGCGGGCGGGGUGGGUACUGUGGCGGUGGCUGGUAGUGCAGCGGGCAGCGGGGCGGGCAGCGGGGAGGGCAGCGCGUCCCCUCGGCGCCGUCGCGUUGCUCUUCCACCGCCGCGUCGCCAUCGGCCCGCGCUCGACUUCGACAAAAUGCAGCAGUUGAAGAGCGUCCAAUGUGAGGAGCGCAUCGCGCCGUUGUCAGCCCGUGGAGUCAUGGCCGCGCUUGCGAAGUACUGUGGCGCAACUUGGUGCGAUGUGGCGCUACGUAGCGCAAGCGCAACGUGGCGCCACGUAACGCGACUGGCGACCGGUCGACUUGUGAUAUUGGCCGCGGCUGCCCUCGCCGGGGCCUGA